ACAUGCAUGUGAACCGAAUGUACACAACGUUUAAUCUGGAAGUGCACAGCUGUUUGAAAAAGCAAUGGAGAAUUCAGCUGUGAACUUGACUGGAUUAAUAAUUCGACGUUAACUGAAAUAAAAAGACAUAGUAAAAUGGCUGAGAAAGUAAAAAAGAAUUGUGAUAUAUCACCUAAAAUAGAUGACCCAGAAUACCAAUGCGGCUUUUAUUAUCGCAUUCCAUACCUUCAAAGAUUUGCUACGGCAGCUUGGUUUACAGGUUUCUUUGUACUUCCGCAACUGACAUCACAGUCUCUGUACAUGUACAUCAAUUCUCAAAUUCCUACAUUGGAAAGGCAAUUUUCCCUCAGCAGUUAUGAAAGCGGAAUAAUAAUGACCUUUAAUGACAUUGGGUUCCUUCUUGCUGGAAUGUUAGUUGCGUCCAUACCAAAGCUUGUGCAUAUACCUAGAUGGCUGUUUGGUGCUAUUAUAAUUUACGCCGUUUCCAGUUUACUUUGCAGUCUGCCUCAUUUUAUUAUCAAUUCAAAACAAGAUGUUACCGACACUACUUUGGAGAUGGCUAAUACAACGAAACUUUCGAAAUUGUCGAUCUUUCCAAUUUGUAGUGACCUCGUAAAUUCAGACAAAAGCAAUACAACAAUGGAAAACAAACCUCGAUUAUUAAAUUCAGCUAUUGACCAAUCACUAAAGUCACUGUCUGUUGGAUUGAUUGGCAUUGGUUUGGGACUACAAGGAGCUGCAAAAUCUAUACGAACGCCAUUCCUAACCCAAUACCUUGACGAAGAAAACAAAGAUAAGACGGGGUUUUACCUUGGUAUCUUGAUGAGUGCUUCCGUACUUGGACCAGUUUUAGCCUUCGUUCUUGGUGGUAUAUUCAGUAGAAUUUAUGUUACACUUGAAGACGUAGACAUGUCUACAAAAGAUCCUCGAUGGAUUGGUGCGUGGUGGCUUGGAUUUAUUGUUGUUGGUACUAUAGCUCUUAUCUGUGCCUUUCCACUUAUUUGCUUUCCCAGACAUCUUGCAGAAAAAAUUCAAAAGAAAGAGAAAGAAGAAGAAAACCUUGUAAUGAAACACGAAAAUCAGAAUAGUCUGGAGGUUGAGUCUUUGAAAAAGACUUCUAAGAUUGAGAUUUUCAAAGAAAGAUCGACUUCAUAUAUCAGAGUGAUGAAAAGCCCAAUGUAUUUGUGUUUAUUAACAGCUUUUGUAUUGAAUGUAUCUUCUGUGUGUGGUCCAGUUGUCUUCAAGUCCAAAUACAUCGUAGCUCAAUUCGGACUUCCUUUAUGGAAAGCAAAUUUGAUUAUAUCCGCUGUUAUGGUAGCAACACUUUCUCUUGGUUCUUUUUUCGGUGGAUACAUAACAAAGAAGUUUAAAUUAUCACCACGGAUGCUUAUUGUGGUAACUCUGAUACUUCAUGCAGGAACGACUUUUUUCUUCGGUGGAGCUAUAUUUGUGGGAUGUGAUCAACCUCAAAUUAUUGGUCCUAAUAUGUCGCAUUCCAUUGUGAUAAACAUGACUGAAGAUUGUCAUUGUGAUCCUAAAGAUUAUUUCCCAGUUUGUGGUUCAGACGGUAGAAACUUUCACUCUCCUUGCUACGCUGGGUGUAAAGAAGUAGCUAGAAAUGGAAGAAUGUAUGCAAAUUGCACAGUUAUUCCCGAUGGACAAACGUCUGCCGGACUGUGUCCAUUUGAAUGUAAUGCACUGAUCCCUUACCUUCUCCUAAAUGUCUUUGGCUAUAUCUGUGGAUCAAUGAAUAUUAUCCCAAUGUUCAUGGCUACUAUUCGGAGCGUUGAAGAUCGUGACAAGUCUACAGCAGCAGGAUUAAAAUCCGUCUCAGCUUCUCUUCUAGCAUUCAUUCCUGCUCCCAUUGUGUUUGGAAAGGUGAUAGACAAGUCUUGCAUCCUAUGGAACUCUGAUAGAAGUCGGAAGGGAUCGUGCUCGUUGUACAACAUAGCGGAACUCCGAAUUGGUAUGUUCGGAACAGGUCUGCUUUACAGAGCAGCUGCACUGUUUUUUAUGUUACUGGCUUUAUGGAAGGUUUGGUCAAUUAAGGAUUGGAACGAACUCAGGAAAAAGAAGACAGAUCAUAUAAAAAUGAAUGGAUAUGCAGAGAAAGCCGUCAGUGCGGAACAUUAAUAACAUAUGUUCAACAGGUGUGAAUUGCAUUAAUAAAAUCAGUUAUUACUUUGAAGAAUAACAUGAAUUUGUUGUUAUUUUAUCAGUUAAGUUAUAUUUUGGGAUGCAGCAGAACUUGUAAAUGCACAGUCAUAUCUCUUAUUCAGAGAAAAAAAUAUUACCAGAAUUUCAGCAGUGAUGGUUGCUGUUCGAAUGGGGCUAAUUUUCGUUUUUGCCGGAAAACUUUCAUUUCGUUUAUAUGUUAUUUUCAGGUUGGUGUAUUAUCCCCCAAUUAUUUAUUUCGAAUUCUUUCAAUAUGAUAGAAGACAAUUAUAUUGUAGGCUAUGUCUACUGGAACAAUAUAAUUAUAGUGAAGUG